AUGGCCAGCAAUAACAACAACGACGAGUACACGGUGGGAGCCGAUACUUACGGAGGCGACACCUUUGGCGGAGAUACCUUUGCUGAAGCCGGUCCCAAUGAAACAGGACCUUCUCCCAAUGCCGACGAGUUCACCCAGUAUGACAAUCGUACCACAACCGGCGAUUAUACUCGCACGGGAGGCUCCACCGAUGACUUUACCACCAGUCAAUUCACGGAAGAUCCAAGUGCUGAAGUGCCAGAUGCCACGGAGACUGGUCCAACGGUGCCUCCUCCCGAAGGUCCGUAUUACGAUGACACAGGUCGCCCCUAUUACAUCAACGCCGACGGAGAACCUUAUUAUGAUGACCACUACCAACCUCCCGAGUCGGCCAUGAGUUUGGUCCCUUACGAUCCUGCCUCGGAACCUCAGCCAAGGCAGUAUGCAGGCCGCGAGUACAAGGACGCAGGCAACGAACUCAUGGUCUACGAUCCCGACAUGGCCUAUGCCGACGAGGACGACGAUGAUUAUGACUAUGACGAAGGAGAACCCAUCAACAUGCGCGAGACCUACGAAGAUGAAAUUGUGGAAGACGAAUCCAAGCGCCGGGCUCGGCGCCGCCGGGCCUGGUGUUGCUGUCUCAUUUGUCUCUGCUGUUUGCUUUUGCUGUUGCUAAUAGCAGUCCUUUACAUCAUCCUCAAGGACAAGGAACCCGAUCAAAUGGAAACCUUGGCUCCUACCUUUUCUCCAUGGAUUGAUGACACUGAUGACGAUUUCUACUACGAUGAUGAUAUCGUCCUAGCACGGGGACAAAUCAAUUCCUGUAUGGCCGACUUUGAUGGAAACUGCGACUUUGAAGAUCAAUCCUGCUUUCCCAAUGUGGUGGAUCAGUGCAACUGCAACGGGCAAAUCGAAAUUAUCCCCCAAGACGUCAAGGACAUGCGCGCUACCAUUCAAGAACGAGUCGCCCAAAAGUUUUUUGGACCCAACUUUACCUUGCCCGAAAAUCUAUGUCAUCCCAUCAACAUGGCCAUGAUCUGGUUUGCCUCGGGGAACAAUCGGGAUGCCGGACAAGCUCGUCAGCGAUUCACUCUCGCCAUUAACUACUAUGGUUUGAAUGGAACCAUUUGGGAUUACGACGAUGCUUGGAUGAGUGAUCUCAAUGAAUGUCUUUGGUUGGGAGUCCAGUGCAACAACCGCGAUGCCAUCAAUUCCAUGCAGAUGGAUACCAACAACUUGUUUGGACAGUUCCCGAGUGAGAUUGGUCUCAUGAUUGGUCUUGCUUCCAUCUCUGCCUCUCGUGUUCACUUGACCGGAACCAUUCCUACCGAGCUCUUUGGAAUGCCUCGCCUUAGAGAAUUACGACUCUAUGGUAACCGUAUUACCGGUACCAUUCCCACCGAGGUUGGAAACUCGCCGGUUCUUCGAGGCUUUCGCGUCGAAACCAACUUUAUCAGUGGCCGGAUUCCCAGUGAAAUUGGCCGCACACGAACUCUCACGGACUUGAACAUUGGUUUCAACCGUAUGAAGGGUACGGUUCCAAGUCAACUGGGAGAACUGCAGCAACUCGUCAACCUUCGAUUUGCGUCCAACGAAUUGUCGGGAAUCCUACCCACGGACCUGGGUCGUUUGAAUUCUCUCGAAGUUUUGGCACUGUCCGAAAACUUGUUCAAUGGCAACUUUCCAACCCACAUUGGUCUCUUGUGGAAGAUGAGAGAUUUGCGUGCCGCAUCCGUUGGUGUGGGUGGCUUCAUGCCAUCGGAAUUGGGGUUGCUCACCGACAUGCAACGUCUCGAGUUGGGUUACAAUGGGUUCUCGGGAAGACUCAUUUCGGAAAUUGGGCAAUUGACCAACAUGUUCUACUUUAGUAUCAACGACAAUCGAUUGGAAGGAGAAAUCCCGUUCCAAAUUGGAAACUUGCAAAACAUGACUCGAAUGCAAUUUCAACGAAAUCAGUUCGCUGGAAAUGUCCCAUACACCAUUGGAAACCUGGAAAAACUCGAGCAAUUUACCCUGGAGGGUAAUAAACUCGGUGGUACCAUUCCUGCAGAGGUUUGCGAUUUGACCAAGAACUAUUUGAGACAGUUCAUUGUGGAUUGUUACGAUGCCCGAUUGAACGAAGGGUACGAUUGCGAACCAGAUUGCUGCACCUUGUGCCGCGAUGUCAAGUAA